AUGAAUAUGAUGGACUUGGAGACAUCGUCUACAAAUACUUACACAAUAUUCAUAAUGGAAUUAAGUAGAUACGAAAAGGAUAAGAUCAUUUCUUUGAAGUUUUUACAGCUAUUCUUUCGAUUGAAAAAUGUGUUUAAUAUCUUUUUCGCUAUGUCAUUUCCUAUACCAUUUCACAGUCGAAACCAAUCUAAAAUUGAACUUAUAAAAAAAAUGAAUGCAGUUUCACCUCUCCACGAAGUAAAUGAACAAUUGAACUUCUGGAUCAAGGAACUGGAAACUAAUGGGUUAGUUCACUUUGGAUGGACCAAAGCAAAGGGCAUGUUCGAGUUUUCCAUGUCUUCAAUAAACUUCUUAAUACUAUUUUCACAAAAGCCAAUAUUUCAAAAUUAUUCUAUCCGGCAGGAACUACUCAUGGAACAAUUGCUCCAUGAACUGGAGAGCUGCAAAAAAUCCUUCUUUGAAAUAAAAAAUGAAGCGAAUUCUUUCUUUUGUUUGCAACUGAUAUUUUCAAGUUUCAUGUUUAAUCAAAUUCAAUAUAUUCAGGAGACAUGCCAAAACGUUAUACCCAGUUUCCAAAUAUUUUUUUGCAACAAUAUUAAACCUGCCGAUGAAAUCACCAAAGAAUCUCGUCAAAAGUCAGUUAAACACAAACCUGAAGCUCUUAAAGACGAUUAUUUCAAAGAAGACGAACUUCCCUGUGAAAACCGACAAUUAGACGAACAAGAAAGGUCAUUACAGUCAGUUUCGGAGCCGGCUUUUGAAAGCAGUAGCAACGACUUAACGAAUGCUUCCAAUUGCGAAUCCUCAGCUUCUUCAGUUACAUGCAGUGAUUUUGCUGAGCCAUUUAAAAAUAUCCAAAAGAAAACUAUUCAGGAACAGCCUAAUGUUAUUUUCGAUCAUCAGUUGGAUAAAGAUGAUCCAUCGAGAUUUCAGCUUGGGAAAGAAUUUCUUGAAUUUGAAAGAUAUAAUAUUGAAUUACUCCAGUUUCAAGUCGCUAUCGGCAGUUUACAGACGGUUCACUACGAAUUCCAAGAUACUUUAAAAAAUAUGCAACUUUUAGAGUCAACGGAAGCUUCGAUAUGCAAAACGGUGUAG